CUUCCCCACCGUCCCUGAAGCGGGACAGUUCCCCCAAGAGCAACACGCAAACGGCGGCCGUUCCUAGGGACGGGAUGCGCCGUCCAGCGCCUCAUCAUCCUCCUCAUCCUGCUCCUUUGUAGCCAUUUUGGCUCAGGCGUCCAUCUUGACUCGAGCGCGACGCUCGCGUACUGUACGUAACAGUGCACAGCCGUCCUCUGCCGUCGCGGCCAUGGGGCGCUUUGCCGCGGCCGCCGCGGCUCUGGCCGCCGCCCGGCCCGCCGCCCUGGGGCUGCAGGUCCGCGACGACGCCGAGGCCACCCACCCGAACGUGGCGGUGUGCAUGACCACCAUCCCGAGCCACCUCACCACCGCGAAGGGCUUCGGCGCCCUGGAGGAGAGCCUGCGGUCCGUGCUGCUCGAGCAGGACUACCCCGGCAGGAUCACCGGGUACCUGGCCGUGCCCAGCAGGGCCUCCGUCCGCGAGGGGACGGGGUACCCGGAGAAGGAGGCGCAGGAGCUGAUGAGGCUGAUGAAAGGGAGGCUGGUGAUCGUGCCCAUCGAGCACGACGUCGGACCCGCGUCUCGCUACCUCGGGUGCGCCAAGAUGGUCUCCAAUCCGGACGACCUGAUCGUGGCGUUCGACGACGACAUCUCCUACGAGAACUCUACGAUAUCGAGCCUCGAGUGCGCGAAGCGUCACGACCCAGAGUUCUCGUGGACGGGCCACCGUUUCAUGGGGCUGCGCGGCUUCCAGACUGGUCAAGGCGCUGACGGUUUCAUGAUGCACGCCAGCGACCUCAACGGUUUCGAAGAGUUCAUUGAGUCCGUUCACAAGCCCUGCUUCAAGGUCGACGAUCUCGCCGUGUCGGAGUGGCUGACCAACUACAAGAAAAAACCCGUGAAGGCCCUCGAGGAAAAGCAGCAGAACGUUGACGCCUGCGGACUGGUGAAGAUGCCCAUCUACAAGUCGAACUGCUGGAUGGCCCCCGACAAGCGCCAGAAGAGCGGUGAGCGCCGCAUCUGCCGCCCAGUCAUCCAGAGCGUCAACUCCUUGCGGAACGACCACGCGUCCGGCGGUCGUGGGGAAGACAUGAAGGUGUGCACUGACGCCCUGGCCGCCAGGUGCUCCGCCACCGACAAGUCAGAUUGCGCGAGCAGGUGAGUGGGGCAGGCGCAGUCGCCCCCCGGAGCCAUCCGCCGCGCGCUCCGCGCGAUCUUCCUAGCAUGUGCUUCCCCCGUUUUCUAGCAGCAGUUCCCGCCCAGUUCAUCGACGUGCGCUGCAACCGGCUGGCUUAGCAGACAAAG